CAUAAUAAUUUAGAAGUUUGCAGAUAACUCCUUCCCCUGUUGAGGAAACAUUUUCUCUUUCUCUCUCUCUCUCUCUCUCUCUCUGCGUCCCUCCGCCAAGAAAGAAAGUUAUCCUUUUUGAAUUUCUAUCCACGUCCUUUUUUUCCUCUUCUCUCUUUCUGCGUGCCUUUGCUCGGCUUUUUUCCGCCCCCCCUCCCCUUGCAGGGCUUAAAGAGAAAGCCCAGGAAAACGUGGCUGCGUCCCAGGGUUUCUCGAAGUCCACUCUUUUUAGUAUUGAAAAAGGACCUGAAGUAUUUAUUCAGAAUUCAGCAGCCUCCUCGUCCUCCUGCCGCCCUUCCCGCUCUCCUUUUUUUUUUUUCUUUCUUUCUUUCUUUUUUUUUUUUUUGCUACUCCGGGACUUUUGGAAUUUCAUCUGGAUUAUCCUCUGGCAAGCCGGUCAGACUGGAAGACACAGCGACAGAUAUUGGAGAAUUUGGUCUUCUGCAGUGUGCAAGUCAGUUCCCAACAACCUCCCCUUCCUCCCCCAAUUUAAGGGGGUGAUUUGGUUUUUUCCAAAGACCAGUAGCCUCUAAGAAGGUCUGGAGGAGGUUGGCUACAGAGAAGAGCUUUCUGGGACUGGUUCCUUCUGUCUGCUGCAAAGGAUGCUCCCUGUUUAACUUCCUUUCUGGCUCUUCCAGAGAGUCAUGACAGUCUGGCUUCCCAGCCUUGCGAACCUUUAUCUCUGGAGUGGGAUCUCCAAUUUAGUCUGCUUUUUCCCUUGCCUGCCACCUGCCAGCACUUGUCGCUUUAAAUAACCUAACUGUGCAAACUGAGGGAGACUUGCCAAAGAUGCAAGGAUGGGGAAGGUGUCCUCGUCACCGUCAGCCUCUUCCUGAACGGGCUCCAUCCCAAGCUUCCUUGCUCUUCUUCCAGUAAUUGUCAAAGAAGAAGAAGAAGAAGCAGCAGCAGCAGCAGCUCCAGUUGCACGUGUCCCACAUUGGGAAGUUCUUGAUGGCUUCUCUAAGGAGAGUGAAAGUCUUGCUGAUCUUAAACUUGAUUGCCGUGGCUGGCUUUGUCCUCUUCUUGGCCAAGUGCAGGCCCAUUGCGAUGAAGAACGGAGAUGCUUUCCAUGAAAUUCAUCCCAGGGCAGAAGUGGCCAACCUGACAGCUCACCCAGCCAACCCCAUUCAAGAUGCAGUGCUGAAACGGUUGUCCCUUCUUGAGGACAUUGUCUACCGGCAACUAAACGGUCUGUCAAAAUCCUUGGGGCUUAUUGAAGGCUACGGUGGUCGUGGCAAAGGUGGCUUGCCUGCCACUCUUUCUCCAGAGGAGGAAGAAAAAGCCAAGGGACCCCACGAAAAAUAUGGCUACAAUUCCUAUCUCAGCGAGAAAAUAUCCUUGGAUCGCACCAUACCAGAUUAUCGUCCAACUAAGUGUAAAGAGCUUAAAUACGCAAAGGAUCUCCCACAGAUUUCUAUUAUUUUUAUCUUUGUCAAUGAGGCGCUUUCCGUCAUCCUGCGUUCAGUUCACAGCGCUGUAAAUCACACUCCAGCUCACCUCUUGAAAGAGAUCAUCCUCGUCGAUGACAACAGCGAUGAAGAAUUGAAGGCACCACUGGAAGAAUAUGUCAACAAGAGAUAUCCAGGCCUGGUGAAGGUAGUCCGUAACCAGAAAAGAGAAGGUUUGAUCCGAGCUCGCAUUGAAGGCUGGAAAGUGGCCUCAGGGCAUAUCACGGGCUUCUUUGAUGCUCAUGUGGAAUUCACCGCAGGCUGGGCAGAGCCAGUUCUUUCAAGAAUCCAGGAGAACCGGAAAAGGGUCAUCCUCCCAUCAAUUGACAAUAUCAAGCAGGACACCUUUGAGGUGCAGCGCUAUGAAAAUUCAGCCCACGGAUACAGCUGGGAGCUGUGGUGCAUGUAUAUUAGUCCGCCAAAGGAUUGGUGGGAUGCAGGAGAUCCUUCCUUACCUAUCAGGACGCCAGCUAUGAUUGGAUGUUCUUUUGUGGUGAACCGGAAGUUCUUUGGGGAAAUCGGUCUUCUCGAUCCAGGGAUGGACGUUUAUGGUGGAGAGAACAUUGAGCUUGGAAUUAAGGUGUGGCUGUGUGGUGGCAGCAUGGAGGUUCUCCCUUGCUCUCGAGUGGCCCACAUUGAGCGCAAGAAGAAGCCGUACAACAAUAACAUUGGCUUCUACACCAAGAGGAACGCACUGCGGGUGGCCGAGGUGUGGAUGGAUGAUUACAAGUCCCAUGUAUACAUCGCAUGGAACCUGCCGUUGGAGAACCCAGGAAUUGAUAUUGGGGAUGUUUCUGAGCGAAAAGCAUUAAGAAAAAGUUUGAAAUGCAAGAGUUUCCAAUGGUACCUGGACCACGUCUACCCAGAAAUGAGAAGAUACAAUAACACCAUUGCCUAUGGAGAGCUGAGGAACAACAAGAUAAAAGAUGUCUGCCUUGAUCAAGGGCCACAGGAAAAUCACACGGCGAUCCUCUACCCAUGCCAUGGCUGGGGGCCACAGCUUGCUCGCUACACCAAAGAAGGAUUUCUGCAUUUAGGAGCUCUUGGGACCACAAUAUUGCUCCCAGAUACCCGCUGCUUGGUGGAUAAUGUGAAGAGUAAACUCCCUCAGCUGCUUGACUGUGAGAAAGUCAAGAGCAGCCUCCAUAAGCGUUGGAAUUUUAUACAGCAUGGUGCAAUCCUAAACAAAGGGACAGGACGCUGCUUGGAAGUUGAAAAUAAAGGCACGUCAGGUAUGGAUCUUAUUCUUCGCAGCUGCACAGGUCAAAGGUGGACAAUUAAACAUUUUAUCAAGUAGAGAACCUCUUAUCCAACCUUCAAGAAUUCUUCAGACUUGAGUUCUCACCAGGGGAGACAUUUUUAUCAAACCUUCCACUCUCAUUCACACUAUCAGGGAAGACUCACAAGGGAAGGUGUUUGCGUUGUUGUUGUUGUUGGGUUUUUUUUUUUUUUUUACAUUUUAUUUAUUUGAACUUUGCUUAUCUACUCUGCCAAACUUUGACUGACUGAAUGAAAACAUUCCAGAUCGACAGUUGUCAUUAUCCUGAAGGCUCAAGGAACAUCUUGGCUUAAGGACAAGUAAUGAAAGCUUACAAACUUUUCCAAAAAUAACCCAAAUCCCCACUCCAGAUACAGGACCAGCAAAUUAUAUUUGAGGUUCAGAGAUGAAACUUUUGAUAUUCUUUUAUUUGAAUGCACACAAUCUUAGAAAUGACCUAAUAUAUUAAUAUGGAAUACCAUGUCAAAAGAUUUUAAAAAAACAAACAAACCCAGUCAUCUUCCAUGAAGGUAGCAUGAGAUGUCUAUCACAGCCUCAUUUGGAAGUUUCAAGUGCUCUGGAGUUCUAGAAGGACAUUUUAUAGACUUUUUGAAGAAUGUGCUCUUCAUACCAAGCACACACCAUGUUGUUAUCGACUUCAUGCUACUAGUUCAAAAGAGGAGCAAGAAUUAUCCUGAAAUGUCAUGAAUUGAUAGGGAUGUCAAUGCAACCCACCAGGGAGUUUUAAAAGAAGAGAUUUGCAGCAACAGAAGAACGUGGACUCUGCCAUUGCAGUGAAUGGACCCUAACAUCUGUAUUACUCCCAUGAAAAUUUCCCACACACACACAUUAAACCAAUUUGUUUGUGAAAAAUAUACAGCCAUAAAGGAUUGUUUCUGAAAUUGCAUACAUCACAGCGGAGUUAUGUAAGAAACCAAGAGCCUAAAUAACAGGCUAAAAAAAAAAAAAAAGAUAGAUGGUUAUGGAAAAAAAUUCUAUUUGUGUGGACGCUUGGAAUCAAAAUUGACUUGAUGGUACAUAAUCAGUCAAUAUGGUGGAGGAGUGUAGAUUUUAAAAAAUAAGAGAGGAAAGGGGAAAAUUUCAUCACAAAGAGUGUCACGGAAGAGUAUGUUUACAAAAAAAUUUAAAAAUUUAAAAAAAUUAAGGGAAUUUCCAUUAAAAAGCUGGUACUUUAGGAGAAAAUGUAUGUAAUAUUAUUGAAUAUUUAAGGAAAGUUAUGCUUGAAAAUUUAUGCAAACAACCGAUUUAAACAAAUCGAUAAAUGAGACAGGCUCUGCCUUCGCUAGGACAAGCCCUAGACCAGAUUUUUGCUGAUUUAUAUAUAUGUAUCUCAAGCAGUAUUUUUAUAGCCAACAGAAUUGCAAUUUGUGCUUUCUAGGGAUCAAAUUUCUUGCCCUUUGUCACUCUUAAAAAGAAAGUACACUGUUUCCAAUUAUUAGUCGAUGAUAGAUAAUGAGGAUGUUUUCACGAGGAACUGUAUUUCUCCCAAGUUCCCUAUAAGCAAAGGGAAUAUUUUUGCUUUGGUGUAUGUGGAAUGUGAAAUAUGCAAUCUUAAUUUAAAGAAAAAUCCUGUGAAAAUGUGGCUUAGAAACAAACAAACAAAAACUCACACUGUUUUCUACUUGGAGCGAAAUCCCUUGUCACGAUUUUGGCAUGUGUUGAUUGGCUUCCUUAACCAUUGGCUAAUUUAAAUUCAGCACAGUUGGUGGAAGAAAAAGGAAAAAAGCUUCUUUAAAACAGAAAGUUUUCUUUCUCUUGGGACAUCCAAUUAAAUAAUCCAAGAUCUAAAAAUUCUGGGUAAGAGAAGAGGGUUCUCCCAUGACAUAUUUAGCCAGGUCAUUUAAACACUUAAGAGUUUGCAUCUGGAUAAUAUGCUAAGAAUGGUUUGUGUUGAUCUUUGUUAGUUUCUUAAUGGCCUAGUUCGAUGUGCAUCCUGCUUGGUUGAUUUCUGUGCAAUGAAUUCUACAAACCCAGAAAACUGGGUUAAUUCAGUAAUCAGGUUAAAUGGUUGUGAAUGCAGCUGUUGUUCAAUUUGUUUAAUUAAAUUCUUUCAUUUCCAGAA